GACUCGUUCUGUGCAGACGGCCGUCCGGAGCAUCCAGAUCAAAAGAGUUUCAGUUGUUUCGAAACAUAUGAAGGCAAAUUCUAGAAUGAACAUAUUCUUCCAUUUCUUUUUCCGUGGAGUCUUUUUGCUGGGAAUCUUUUUUCCGAAAGGAACAUCAUGCGAAAAGCUGCCAAUUAUUCGUAUUGAUCCCGCGCACCUCUCUUCAAUUUUCGAAGAUGACCAGAUGAUGAGAGACUUAACCGAGGCACUCUCAGAAAUCCAUCCGCUGCUCUUACAAACUUCUCCUGGACGAGAAUUCUAUCAUUCACACCAUUCUGAUGCUGCAGUACAUUCUUUUUCUGCAUCCAAGAAAAAGAAUAUAAAAGGUUUCUCAACAAAUACUAAUCCUGAUCCUAUAAUUGUGACGCUCCCUAACCCCAGGCCACGUUCGUCCAGUUUAUUUCCUCCCCGCAAAGAAGUGGAACGCAAGUUUUCGAGUCCUCAACUCACUUAUGGUUUUGUACCACGUGAUCCAGAAACAGGGCACAGUUCUCCAAAACGGGAGAAUUAUAGCUUUCAUAUGUCUCAAAAUCGGAAUUUCCCAACUUCCAGAUUAAAUUCAGAAAUAUUAUCAGUUCAAACUUCAAAAUUGCAAAAAAUCGAGCAAAGCAAUGAAAGAGAAAAGGAAACAAAAAAUAAGCAGAUAUCUGCAUUAAGAGACCAUCUAUCUCAUUUUCCAAACAGAGAUGUGUAUUACAGAACAAACUGGGAUGGCAACAAUCAACGCUAUCCUUAUUCUAAAGUUAUAGAGGCGGGUAUGAUUCAUUUUAAACCACAAAACAAUGCUGAGAGAGGUCAAGAAAGUGUAAGAAGACCAACAACUUUAAUCAGAAAUUCACAUGUUCCUGAUUUUACUAAUAAAAGAGAACUCAACCAUCAUAAGCAAGAAUAUUCGCAGCUUUCGAAUAGGAAAGACGAUAACGCUAUUAAGAAAUCAAGCAACAAAGCAGCCACCAGAAGGCCUCUUUCAUUUGCCCUGAAAGUAAAUUUACAAGAUGCUUCAGUUUACAAAGUAAACGGCAUAAAUGGAAGCCUGCAAGACCAGCCCGUUGUUUUGUUACGAAAUCCGGAAGUUGAUUCUCCACAAAAGGAAGAAGAGAAGAAGAGAUAUCCAGUUUUGAAAACAUCAACUAUGGUUACGACAAAGCGACCAGCUUCAGCACCUUUUACAGCAACUAGUUUCUUCAGAAAUGUCCCCCAGAGUUCUCCUAGAGAUGCAACUGUUCUCUCUCCAGAAUAUUCUUCUCAAGUCUCGCCUGUUCUUCCAAACAAGUUACUUUCUGUGCCUUCCACGAAACUUGUAGAAUCUACUCAUCAAACAGUAGACAAAUCCACAACAACCGUGAGCUAUUCCGAUGAGUAUAAUAAUGAUUUUCACUUAACAGGUUUAAAGAAAGAAAGACCUGGCAUCGGAUAUUCAGACAAGGAUUUGCAUUAUGAGGAAGAUCUGUUCGGAGACGUUACAGAAGUGUAUUCACAAGACAGUUUUGCAUUUCUUCAUGACGGAGGCAUUCAAAAGCAAGGAAAUUCUUCUUUCCACCCUAUUUCAUCCUCCUCAUCUGCAUCCUAUACAGUGCAUCAGAAUAAUGAUGAAAAAGCUCAUCGGAAGAAAUCGGAGGCAAAGAAACCGUAUUUGAAGAAAUCAUUUGCAAACACAAAAUCUACGAGUGCAGAAGAUUUUGAUAUGGGUGACAAUUACAGUAUUCCAGGCCAGCCUGGAACAGACUAUCCAACCUAUUACGAGAUUCCUUUAACGAAUUUUGACUGCAAGGAGUUUCAGUUGCCUGGAUUUUAUGCCGACGAAGAAGCAGAUUGCCAGGUGUUUCACAACUGCGAUACCGAACGGCAGAAGCACAGCUUUCUCUGUCCAAACGGAACCGUCUUCAAUCAGGAACUCUUCAUCUGCGAUUGGUGGUACAAUGUCAAAUGCGAAGAUUCGCCACUUCAUUUUCCUCUUCAUUCAGCCUUAAAAUAGCUACAACUCUUUAAAGCCGAUGGAAUGCCGUCGCGAAAAACUAAUCAGGUUUGGACUGAUAUUCAUUCCGCUUCAAUAUUUCCUUAAUCCAAUUGGAUUAAUGCGGGAGAGAUACGAGGACCUGCCCUGUUUUCUGGCAAGAUGUUCACCAACGGGACUGAAGUGAAGUUUGCGCAGAGUUUUCGAGAGUGAUUGACUAUUAAUUAGUUCAUUAAUUAGAGAAAAAAAUCAGAAUGGCGCGGAGUGCUUGUGAAUAAUCGGCUUUAAUCCUGCUGGUCAGGAAAGUGAAAAAUCAAUAUUCAUCAUCUGAACAUAAGCAUUUUCAAAUAAAAAUUAUCGUAAUUUGUUUGUAUCUCUGAUAUAUUUUGAUGAUUAUUUGUUUACCAAGUGAGUUUUACAACUUUAAAUAAAUAAUUCAUA